AUGGCACGAACCAAAGGCGCUAAGUCUUCCUCUCCCUCCGCCCGAAAGCCAGCGCCGUGCGAGGUGCCUGUUCGAGCUUCAACCUCUAAGCCGCCGCGGCCAGAAGUUGCUUCGCCUCUUCAGAAGCCCGCUCCAAAGAAGCGCUCAGCCAAACCCGUAGUUCAGACACCUUCGGCGAGGCGCUACCUUACCAGGUCAGGGGCUCGUCCCCUGCAAAAGCGAGCUAGAGUGGAAAGGUCGGAACCCAUCGACUUGACAGGGCAAUCCCCUGUUCCAUCUCCAGAGCCAUCUCCGGUGCCAUCUCCGGCACCGCCGGCGAAGCCUCAAGCAAGCCAGCCGCCGCCUUCUGAGCCCCAAAUUCCGUCUGGGCCAGCUCUAGAAGCUAUAAUCAAGCGUCCAAUGCUCACUCAGCCACUAAUUGAAGGCAAUUUGGACUGCUGA